AUGCCUAAGCUGGUUCAGGCCGUGCACGAUAAGGUCAGGAACUUCGUCCGCAACAGCGAGCAGUUCAAGCGGGUGUGCGAGUCCACCUUCGAUUCCCUAGACUACCGCUCUGCGGGGCGAGUGAGUCUAGAUGAGGCGGCAUCGUGCGUAGAGGCGCUGUUCAGGGAGCUGCAGAAGGCGUGUGCCGAGUACGGGAUAUCCCUGGACCCUCUCACCUCGGAUGAUGUGCGGGCCAUAUUCCGGGAAUGCGACUACGAUUCCAACGCCACUUUGGAUAGCGGCGAGUUCCUCGACUUCUACGCGAGCGUCAUCACUUAUGCGGCCAUGAAGGCAUGUGUGGGCUUCGGGCGAAUGUACGGGGUGGGCAUGGUGGGCGGCAUCGUGGGGUUGGUGCUGGUCAAGGCAGCUGUGAGGCGGCUGCCCGUGGUGGGCCUUCUUGCGUCACCACUGCUUGUCAGCAUUUGGAUCCUGGAUGGCGUCUGGCAGGGCCUUACACACGCAGGGUCCUGUGCAGCUGGGGAUAGGGGCCUCGUCCCAACCCUCCUGGUGGGCCCCAUACUGGGCGCCGCUGUCGUGUACGGCAUCAGUCAGAAUGAUCUGUUCGCGAUCCGCAAUAAGCUCUUUCCACCCAAGCAGGGUCCCUUGCGUGACUAACGGAAUGGCGCUCGCAAGGGAGACGGUUGUGAAGCGGGUGGUUAACUGGUGGGGGAGAUGGAAAUGAGAAUGGGUGAGCCAUUGUGCGGUCGGGUGGCCAGCAGAGGUGGCACGGGGGCCCCGCGGGGCCGCGCCACCAAAUGGCGGUGUAGUGGCGCCCUAUGUGGCGCCCCUUCGUAUUCUAGUGAGCAGUAAAGCUGUAUUAGGUUUUCAUGAGCUGUGCACGGAGAGGUGGUACAUGGAGGUGGGGGUGCGCGGGCUGUGCGGGACCGCUGAUGGUGCAGACCGCUGAGUAGGAGAUUUGGUAACGUGCGAAGGGUAAUUGCGCCCCGACGACCGCCAGCGUGAACGGGAAGAGCGGUGUUGUUUUGCGGGGGUUUUCUGCAUGGCAGGUCAGGGAUGUGGAGACGUACACCAAGGCAAAUGGAAACUUGGACGGGUGUUUUGAAGCGACGGUGUGUGGGGAAGCGAGAUGUGGAAGGGGUUGGGCAGUGACUUGUGUCGUUCCUAAACUGAUGAGGAAUUUAUGUACCAGACACUGCCAUCGUUGCUCGUUGUUGACACUCCGCUGGCUAAACAAACAGCUCAGCGGGGUUAAGUACUGAUGCAACGCGUUGGGCAAAAUUGUUGCUGGUGUAGCACCCUGUGCGUUUGGGCCUCGGAUAUGCGACGAUCACAGAUCAAAUUGCUACUCGUAGGUGCAACGCACGGCUAACUGAGCCAGCGGAUGUGUCGGCCACGUCUUUCGGAAAGCACGGUAGUAUGGCAGGCGCGUAUGUGUAUCGCUCGGCCCAUGCGUCGCAGGAAGAGCAGGCUUAGCGCGACAGUAGGCAAGUGGCAGCGUACGCGACGCUUCGUUCCUCUGACGGUUUGUCAGAUUUGUCAGACGAACAGACACGUGAUCUUAUGUCGGUUUGAAGUUGGGCGUUG